AUGGUUGUGGCCAUUCUUUGUGUGGGUUUGAUUACAUUGGGGUGGAAAGUGGUCAACUGGGUUUGGUUGAAGCCAAAGAAGCUAGAAAGGUACCUGAGGCAGCAAGGUCUUUCUGGUAAUUCCUACAGGCUCUUGAUUGGGGACUUGACUGACAACUCCAAGAUGACCAAAGAGGCACUCUCAAAACCCAUGGAGUUCUCUCAUGACAUUGUGCCUUAUGUGCUUCCUUUACUCCAAGAAACCUUCAACAAAUAUGGGAAAAAGUCUUUCAUUUGGCUAGGCCCAGUUCCUAGUGUGGUCAUCUUUGACGCGGAAUUAAUGAGAGAAACUUUAACCAAGCAUAGGGUGUUUGAGAAGCCACAUUCAAACCCACUCCUCUCAUUCCUUGUGACUGGCCUGCUCAGCUACGAGGGUGACAAAUGGGUCAAGCAUAAAAGGAUCAUCAACCCAGCUUUCCACAUAGACAAGAUGAAGGACAUGUUACCUGCAUUUCAUGCCGCUUGUGAAAACAUGUUGAGCAAAUGGGAGACGCAUUUCUCAUCAAAGGAGACAUGUGAGUUGGAUGUGUGGCCUUAUCUUUGCGCUUUUUCCGGCGAUGCUAUUUCCCGGGCAGCAUUCGGUAGUAACUUUGAAGAAGGAGAAAGGUUCUUCGAGCUCCAAAAGGAACAAGGUGCUCUGACACGCGAAGUUCUGAACUCGGUCUACAUACCACUGUUGAGGUUUCUGCCAACUAAAAUGAACAGGAGCAUGAAACAGAUCUCCGAUGAAAUGGCUAUUUGUCUGAGGGGAAUUAUCAACAAAAGGGAGAAGGCAAUGAGGGCAGGAGAAGCCACAGAAGAUGAUUUGUUGGGUAUACUUCUGAAAUCCAAUUUUAGUGAAAUUCAAGAGCAUGGAGACGACAAGGAUGUCGGAAUGAGCAUCGAAGAAGUGAUUGAAGAAUGCAAAGUGUUCUACUUAGCUGGAGAAGACACAACCAAAGAUUUGAUUAACUGGACACUAGUUCUGUUGGGCAAGCAUCAAGACUGGCAAAGGCGUGCAAGAGAAGAGGUUGUGCAAAUUUUUAAGAACAAACAACCAGACCAUGCUGGCUUAAACCGCUUAAAAAUUGUGAACAUGAUUCUGUAUGAGGUUCUUAGGUUGUACCCACCAGCCAUUUUCACAAUCCGAGAGAUUACUAAGGAGACCAAAUUGGGAGACAUUUCUCUACCACCAGGUGUGCAGCUUGCAGUGCCAAUUCUCUUUGUCCAUCAUGACAAAGAAAUCUGGGGCGAUGAUGUCCACGAAUUCAAGCCGGAGAGGUUCUCAGAAGGCAUCUCCAAGGCAUCAAAGAAUGAAGUAGCACCAUUCUUCUCAUUUAGCACAGGCCCUAGGACAUGCAUUGGACAGAACUUUGCGCUCAUGGAAGCAAAAACAGUUAUAACCAUGAUUUUACAGCGGUUUACAUUUGAGCUUUCUCCGGCCUACAGACAUUCUCCUUUGAAUAUGCUCACUCUUGAGCCUCAGUAUGGUACUCAAAUCAUUUUUCAUAAAAUCUAAGAUCAAAAUUCAACUUUCUGAUUUGUAAGAAUUCUGUCUGUUCA